AUGGUCUCGUUCUGGCCCUUCAAGGGCAGCGAAGAUGCCGCGUCUUUUGAGAGGACGCUCAACGCCCUCACCGGCAAGAUCAACAGAGCCGCUGCGCGAAAUGACAACCAGAAGCAACUUUCAAGGCGCGCACGCGUCAUGUGGACGCUCUAUGCCGGCUUUGCCUACAUUCUGGCCGCCGUGAUGCUCACCCUGGUGACUGGCUGGCGAAACUGGGGCCCUAUCGAAGGCAGCAUUGUCGCUGGCGGACCUGUCGUUAUCUACGGCCUACGCUACGCGCUCAUGAGCUACUUCGACUACCGUAUUCGUAACACCGAGCUGUACCUCAAGAAGCUGAACAAGGAACGCGACGCUACCAUCGAGCGACUAAAGGAGGCGACCAAGUACAACUCGACCCAGCAGCUCCUUGAAAAGUACGGCGCGUCGCCAAAACUAAAGGAGGAGCCACAGGACGACUCGCCUGAUCGCAGGAAGUCGCAAGGCCUUCAGAGGCCAGCGUCGGCCUCAGGUCCACGUACCGGCGUGCCUCCACCACCUACAGCCAACAUCCAGCGACCCACGACACAGCCGAUUCCAACUACCCCGCAACGGGCGCCUACGAAUGCCUCAGCACCCCAGGGUUUGGCACCACCAGGCCUAGCACCGCCAGUACAGUUCCCCCCAGACGGAAGCCCAGCACCUGAAUUCGCACCAAACGCCUUUGGCGCGGACCUGACCAAGCAGCACUCUGCCACCGAACCCGUUACCUUUACAGAAAGCCACUGGUACGACCGCAUCCUCGACGCUCUUCUCGGAGAAGACGAAACUCAGGCUAAGAACCGGUUCGCCUUGAUCUGCUCCGAAUGCAGACUCGUCAACGGCCAAGCACCCCCCGGUGCGCGUACACUUGAAGAUGUCGGUCGAUGGCGAUGCGGGGGUUGUAGUGCAUGGAACGGCAAGGAGAAGUGUCGCGAAGAUGACAUUACACGUCUAGUCAAAGGCUGGGAGGCUGAGCGCAAAGCGAAAGAUGAGGUCAGGGAGCGCAGUGUUGACGGAGGCAUCGACUCGGACAACCGCGAGACAGAGGAUGAUAGUGGGGUAGUAGGUGCAGAUGAAAGCUCAGGCGUGGACGUCGCGCCGCAGAGUGAGGAAGACACUCCACCACCGAGUAGGAACACGAGAAGUAAGUCAAAGGCUAGGGCGAAGAAGUAG